UCUCUACCCAGCGCGGAUUACAGCCACUUUUUUCAAACGGGGUAGUUCAUCUUUCGAACAUAGACGAGCUUUGGUGGCACUUCAUCUGUGACGAAGCCUCCGGCUGACUGACUGUCAAGAAAAAAGACUCGCAUCUCCCCUCCUGGAUGAAAUGUCUCCGUUGCAGAAAGGCUGAUGAAUCCCUGAAACCAAUAUCCAAGAGGGAUGGUGCACGUGAACCAAUCUGAAUUACUUGACACUGCUCACAGACUGGGAGGCAGGAGAUGAGACACUGCAGCCCUCGACCACAUCAUGAGUAUCCAGAGUCUGGGAGGAGCUAUAGGGGAUUCCCUGGGCUCUAGCCUGACGGUGCGUGUGAGUGGAGCAGGUGGUGGGUGGAGUGCUCUCUCCCUGAAGCCUGUUUCCUCCGGGCGGAUUGCCUCACUGUUCCAAACCAUGGUUCCAACUGGUUAUACCAAGCUGCAGGAGGAGCGGUUAGCCAUGGUGGACCUUGGAGCUAAACCUGAGGCCAGCUCGCUCCAGAAUGGCUACAGACAGGAGUCAUCACACAUAGAAGGCCGACGGCUCCUGGACCGGGCGUCUCGGUCCUCUGUGACUUUAUCUGACUGUGGAGAUGGAGGCUACUCUGAAACAGAGCCCAUGCUGGCUGAGAGGAGGCUGUCUGGGGAGGAGGCAGAUGAGGAGGAUGAGGAGGAUGAGGAGGAAGGGCUGGGAUCAGCUGUGCAGAAUAUGCCCAAAGAGUCGCCGCUGGCCAUGGCGUUGCAGAUUUUGCUCCCCUUCCUGUUAGCUGGAUUUGGAACUGUAUCAGCUGGAAUGGUGCUGGAUAUUGUUCAGCACUGGGAGGCAUUCCAGUACAUCACAGAGAUCUUCAUCCUGGUACCUGCUCUCCUUGGCCUCAAGGGAAACCUGGAGAUGACUCUGGCCUCAAGGCUGUCCACAGCGGUGAAUGUGGGCAAGAUGGAUUCUCCCAUAGAGAAGUGGAAUCUAAUCAUAGGCAACCUGGCUCUGAAGCAGGUUCAGGCCACUGUGGUGGGUUUCCUGGCUGCUGUAGCAGCCGUGGUUCUCGGUUGGAUCCCAGAGGGGAAGUUCCAGAUGAGUCACGCUGUGCUGCUGUGCUCCAGCAGCGUGGCCACAGCCUUCAUAGCCUCCCUGCUGCAGGGUAUCAUCAUGGUUGGUGUAAUUGUGGGUUCAAAAAAGACCGGCAUCAACCCAGACAAUGUAGCCACACCCAUUGCCGCCAGUUUUGGUGACCUCAUUACCCUGGCAAUCCUGGCCUGGAUAAGCCAGGGCCUCUACAAGUGCCUGGAUACCUACCCGUAUGUGUCAUCACUGGUUUGCACCUUCUUCAUGUGUCUAACUCCCCUGUGGAUCAUCAUCUCCUCCAAGCACCCGGCCAGCCGCACUCUGCUCUACUCUGGAUGGGAGCCAGUCAUCACUGCCAUGGUCAUCAGCAGCAUCGGAGGGCUGAUCCUUGACAAAACAGUGUCUGACCCAAAUCUUGCCGGCAUCGUAGUGUACACCCCGGUUAUCAACGGAAUCGGGGGUAACCUGGUGGCUAUUCAGGCCAGCAGGAUCUCCACUCACCUGCAUUUCCACUGUGCUCCUGGAGAGGUACCUGAUGAUGCAAAGGGCUGCUACUACCCUUGCCGCACCUUCUGUGGUACAGGAGCCAACCAUCGCUCUGCUCAGGUGCUUCUCCUUUUGGUGAUCCCUGGUCACCUGAUAUUCCUCUACACCAUUCACCUGAUGAAGAGCGGACACACCACCCUGACCCCCAUCUUUAUGUCCGUCUAUCUGGCUGCUGCUAUGCUGCAGGUGUUGCUGUUGUUGUGUAUAGCAGACUGGAUGGUGCACUCCAUGUGGCGGAGCGGCAAAGAUCCAGACAGUUUCUCUAUCCCUUACCUGACAGCUCUGGGCGACCUGUUGGGCACCGCCCUGCUGGCGCUCAGCUUCCACUUCCUGUGGGUCAUAGGAGACCAGGACAGUGAUGUGGGCGACUGAUUGGGCCUUGGACAAUAAGGCAUCGUGGUGGCGGGAACCCUGCCUCUGCCAUCUGACCUCUCACAUCCUUACGGCUUGUGGGAACGUGGGUGCUCUCUGUCGCUGACCAGCCCAUUCCUCUGCCUCACUUCACUUAAACCACACAAUGGUUUAGAAACUAUUUCCUGCUCCUGGCUUUUUUGUUUUUUGUCUACAUGCUAAAGAUAUUAUAUUCCAUAAAUCAAGACUGUUCUCAGUACAGAUUUUGAUCUGCAUAGUUUGCACCAAAGCACUUACAUAUUAUAUUGCUGGUCUUGUUAAGAGAAACAGGAAAACACCAGCCACCACCCACAGCACUGAGGAAACCUUGCUGCUGUUGGCAAGUUGGUUUACCUUGCCAGCCAAGCAUCAGUCGAAGGUCUUCUACUUUAAAAAAAAUCUCUUUUACUGGUUCAUAUUUUGGGGAUUUACCACCCGCCGUGUCACAAACUUUGUUAUCUGCCUUGUGUAUUACUGCUUUGCAACAUCAAGCCAAAGGAGAGAUACAGAGACAGCUGGGGUGGAGGCAAGACAAGGAAGUUUAUCAGAGAUCAGCUCAUGAUCAAACACUUUGAACUGCUAUGUAAGCAGGUGUACCAGCACCAGGGUUAGAAGGGAACAACAUGAAGUUGUAUCAAUGAUAGAAAUGGAUUUCUUCCUGUGUUGACAUGUCUUUAUGUUAUGUGUUUUCCCAGUGUCCAAACUCAGCCAUCCAUACGGUACAGUUAUUAUAUUGCUUUGUCAGUAAUUUUGAUUUAUCCCACAUUGUUCUCUGCAAGGUUGAGUUUGGAACAUUGGGCCUCAUUCACCAUGAAAUUUCUUCUUAAAACCUACUUACAUAGUAGUAGGUAAGGUUAGGUUUGGUAAGAACAGAAUCUAUGCACACUCAUAGUUGUAUAAUAUUUUAGAAUUUAAAUAACAAUAGUAUCUUUUUAUCAUUUAUAAAAUUUGAUAAUUAUUUGCAUUAUUUUACAAAAAGUAUUAUGUUCUUAUAAAUAAACUACACUGACAUUUCAACUCACAUCAGUUAUGUAUCAUGCCAUCUAAUAAUCGGUGAUUGAUAACUUAGAAAAUAUCACUGGUGGGUCGAGGCGGGACAAAAAAAGUUAUUAGUAACUUAUAAAAGCAUUGCAUAAAAUAGUCGGUCUUCAACUUUUUUCUCCCUCACUCUGUCUCUCAAACACGCACACACACACACACACACACACACACACACACACACCUUAGAAAGCACUAGUGUACUCAUCUCUGCACAGGGUUAGAGCAGACCAGCAUUGCAUCAUUGCCAAGGCCACAUCCUCUUCUGGGGGGAAAGAAAUGUGCUGUCACAUCAGUAGAGGAAACUGGAAAAUGCUGAAAAAGCUGUUGUGCAGCUUAAUUAAGGCUUUCAAACUGAGAUCUGAGGCACCCAAGAUACAUUGAUAUUCACUGUUAGUGUGGCUAAAUGAUGCUGGUAAUAGGUGCUAUGGAUGAAUACCUAAUGUUAGCUGGGAGGCUGCUGCAGUACUGUCACACAGUACAGAAGCAUCACACUGACAACUGCAACUACAUUUAUUAACAGGUUGGCUAUUUACAGACAGCACUUCCCCUAACAGUACCUGGUGAUUCAAUCAAAUAAACUUUUUGAGCGAAUCACCAGGUAGUGUGAUCCAGACACACGUGUAAACGUGUAUAUCUAUACCUGUGCAGAUGUUCAGAUAAGCAAUAUCCACCCACUGUGUUGGGUCAUUGAUGUACUUGAAGAGGGGAAAGACUGAGUGGACACAGCACAAGGUCACAAAAUAAUUAUCAGACGUGUCCAUAAAACAAACUACAAACUUUUCAAAUUCUAAUCCAAACACAUGUCAAAUUGCAUUGAUAUCUAUAGAAUCUUUGGUUUUCUACUCCCUAAAACGGGGCAUGGCCUUGACAUUUUGCAAAGCAACCGUAUGUGCCAGCCUGGUAUAUUGGCUAACAAGGGAGUAAAGUCAGCAAGCGCAGUUUGCUUAUUUGCAAAUGUCUGUGAAGUGUGUUUAAUAAUAUAUGACCGCAUCGCUAUAUAGGCCUCCACAUUUAAAUAAAGUCAUGGAAACAGGGUGAAAUAUUAUGGCAACGUUUUGAAAGUUCAUUGUUAAAAAUGUGUGGGAAUCCUGAAUACAUACAUUUGGCACUUUGCAGGUGGGGUCAGGUUGGGGUGGUUGAUUAUGUUGUAUUUUUAACAACCCGUGCAUAUUUUUUGUGUGGAUAUUAUUUAUAUCCACUACUGACACUACUAAAUAUGACAGUUCAUUUGAGCCCUGUUUCCACCAAGCAGUCCAGUAUGGUUCGAUUCAGUUCAGUAUGCAUUUUUUCCAUUACUGACAAACAAAAAAGUUGUGGAUGGUACCAAUUGAACUGUUCCUUACCAUCCCCAUUUUUGGUCACCCCUUUGUUGGGGUACCUAACACACAGAUCUGUUACUAAAAGGUGGAGCUAGAAACACUGCAGUCCAUUGAUUGGUCAAUAGAGGAUGGUCAAUUUGUCUAAGAGCUGAGUUGUGGCUGGUUUUGUAACCACUCUUCACACCGUGUCAAGUUCUACAUACAUUAGUUAACUAUAACAUGGAAGGAUGUUUUGCUUCCUCUUGCAGCAGCUGUAGACUGAGGAAAAAAAACUUAAUUCACUGGGCCGACUGCCAGCAACUUUUAAGGCGGAUCAUUUACUUUUAAUUUUACUCAAUGCAUGAGUUGACGACGUGAACCCAUCAACACACCUUAAAUUUCGAUGUGACAACUUUGACCAUUCCAUCAGUUUUUAUUGUCUCUCUUGGAUGUUAUACACUUUUAGUAAUGAGCGGAUCUUAAAGCGUUUAAAAGUACAGUAUAUAUUAAUUUCAACCGGAUUAUGUGAACUGCAUAUAUACUAAUCCUCACUUGGAGGAGAAAAAAAAGCAUUGUGAAGCAUCGUUCCCGUGGGCCUCAGCAACACUUGACCCUGACACUUGCCUCAUAUGGACUAACUGCACAAACCCACUAUUUUAAACAUCCCAUGGAGAGAGACUUUCACUGCAGCCUGUUCUAUUUUGUUCUGAAAAUGUCAGCGUAUGACCCCGUUCUGUUGACAAUAAAUGAGCUCCAGACUUCCAUCUGUGCCAUCAGUGAUGAGGAAAUACCGCAAGUGCUGGACGGAGCAGUGAGUGAUGGCAACCCUGCCUACAUUUAAGAGUGCUUUUUGCAAUAGAAAUGCUAAACAGACAGAGGGUCUAGGUAUCAUGUCUGAAGAGUUAGUUUUGGUUCCAAGGGUACCAUACCAUAAGUGUUUGGUGGAAACAGGGCUUUGGUGUUCACUUCCUGCAGACGUUCCUCCACUUCAGAACUAUUGAAGUGUUUUUACACUUGGAGCCCGCUGCUCCAUCCUCUUUAGACUUUCAGUUGGGUGUUCUUAACUCUAAUUCUCUCCACAAUUCUUCGUAUUCUUAAACUUAUGUUUCUGUGUGCACACGGUCCUGCAAUUAGCAGGGUGUUUAUUUACGAUAAUUAGGAUCAACUGACACACACUUUCAGGUUACCAGGACACUGGGAUUCAUCAUUAUAGGAACACAGGUGUGAACAAUUCUGCAGUUUAAGAACAUGUCAUGAAUGUGACGUCUACUUUUUUUAGGACCUUACUUAAGAACAAAUUUAACAAAAAUGGUAAGAAAAAAGAUGUUGGUGAAUGAGGCCCAUUCUUCCUGGCUGCAAUUAAACAUUUCUGUGAUAGUUUUCUUUCAUGCACAUGUAAAGUGGGUUUUUCUUUGUCUUUUCUGUUUUCUAACCUGCUUCCUGACAGGACGUUGAAUCAGGGGUUACCAACCUUUUUGGCUCUGGAAAAUGAAGUUCAGUCUGGCAGACCAGUACUCUUUACUCCUAAAUAAGUCAAAUAAUUUCAUGCCAAGAUUCAGUGUAGUGAAUAAUGCUUUCAUGGAUGAAAGUCAAAAAUAAAAUAAAUUGAUGUUAAAGUCAAGGUCGCAAGGCCCGACAGCCAACACUGCAUGGUACCAGGUUGGCUCAACCCCAGACAACCCCUUCCCUGAACAAUGAUUGUCCAAUCACAGCAACCAUAACUGGCCAUGUCAGGUCUGUAUUGGAUUUCACCAAAUGUUGUAGUGUGCAUGGGGCUAUAGCUUGGAGCGAUACUUAUAUAUAAAAAGUUUAGAUGAGGGUGUAUUUGAAACCACAAGUGCAAAAGUGUAAGGAAUGGAUUACCUGCUCUAGUGUACAAUUCAACCGUAGCAUAUCUGGGAAAUGAAAAAAACAGACUAAUCUUUAAUUUUUCUUUAUUAUAUCAACUAACUAGCUCCACACUGCAAUACAAGGAUAAUGCUAUGUAUUUAGUGUCUUUAUAUGUUGCUCAUUAACUUAGCAUUAUUUAUAUAUCUAUACUGAACAAAAACUAAAUUGCAACACAUAUUUUUGUUAGCAUGUUUUCACAGGUUUAAGUUUAAGAGCCAAGACUUAUUUAAUGCACUCAAUACAUAUUGGUCACAAAUGUGUUGAAAUCCAUGUUAGUGAGCACUUCUAUUUUAGAUAAUCCAUCCACCUGACAGUUAUAUAAAAAAUGAUGCUGAUUAAACAGCAUGAUUACUUAACAGUAGGGCUGUAUCUGACUCAAAAUUAUGUCAGAUGAAUCAGAUUAAUAUGAACAUUUGAUGAGUCAUUUUUCCCCCAUAUAAAGUUUUGAAAUUUGAAUGGGGCUCAGCAGGAUGUUCAGUGUGACAGUGGUAUUCAUGUAAUAUAGUUAACAAGCUAACUGCACUAACGCCUUACUGGAAUUUUUUGCCAACACUAGAUAUCAAACAAAAGCCAGAGGCUGUGUUGUAUUAAGUAUCUGUGAACUUCCAUGCAGAAGAGAGAAGAUCAUGUUAUCUCAGAGCCUUACAGUGCAGAGUUUUUCCUCCUUGGUGCUGCUGCAGCACGUCUGCAGCUGUCUGUACCAAAGAUUUGCCUGAAAGUCACGAGUGCUCACUCUGCAGCAAAAUCUGGGUUAGCAAAACCUUCCCAGAAGUCACUGCACAGCACACUGACUGGCAAAAAAGAGACUGCACAACUUGAAGCAAUCACAGUCAGCUGAGUGGUCCCUGACUGAUGAUUCAAAUCUCUGACUUAAGGGGCAGCUCUACUACACAGGUGUGCUUUGGGAUGUUCACAAUAAAAUUCCACUCCAACAUGUGCAGUUUGAUUACACAACAAAAUGCCACUGAUGUAGUAAGGUUUUAGGGGGUGUGCCAUUGGCAUGCUAACUGCAGGAAUGUCCACCAGAGCUGUUGCCUGUGAACUGAAUGUUCAUUUCACUUCCGUAAGUCAUUUCCAAAGUUGUUUACCUGAAUUUAGCAGCACAUCCAAUCAGCCUCAAAACUGCACAUGUAGGUAAUGAUGAAAAACUGCCAUCAGAUCACAACCGUGGUGAGGAGAACAAGCAUACAGAGGAGCUUCCCUGGGAUGGUUUCUGCAGAAAUUCUUCACUUGUGCAAACAAAUCAUUGUUGGGGUGGCUGGUCCCAGAUGAUCUUACAGAUGAAGAUAGUAACGUGGUCUGCAGUUGUGAGGCUGGUUGGAUGUACUGCAGAAUUCACCAAAAUUCGAGAGAACUACAUCUAUUGAGUGCAUGAAAAAAGUCUUAGCUCUUUAAUUUCAACUUGUGAAAAAUGGGAGCAAGAACAAAAGUGUUGUGUUUAAAUUUUUGUUCAGUUCACUGUAGCCAUCAAGUGUGUGUGUGUUUCAAAAGGAGAGUCAGCUGGAGACAGGGUUUCCAACUAACUCAAGAAAGUAAUGUUAGCUUAAUUAGCUUGCUAGUCAUGUCAUUCAUCUAAGUCACUACGGUCUGAAAUCAAGGACCCAGUGUUUCAAAGAAUACUAUGCAUUUCUGUAUUAUUAUCAUUAUGAACUGUAUGGCUGUGUAAGAACAGGAAGUUACAGGCAUGGCAACAGGAAGUGAGGGGAGCAGGGUUAGUGAAUGGUCAGUUAUUGCUUUGCAUCAGCCACUCCGCACAUACUUUUCCCUUCUGUGUCUAUUUGCAGCUAGUCAUCAUUUCAGCCAUAGCCUCCUGUGACACUCAUGUAAAACGAGAGAAAGAGCUCCCACUGGGAGCUCUAAUUCAGUGUGCGGAUUUUUUUCUUCUUUCUGCAUGGGCCCCUAUUAUCCAGCACCUGACCUAAAGCAGGAUUGGAUGUGCGCACAACUACUCUGUCUUCUGUGACUCAUGUAAAACAAACCAUGAAAUGUUGCGUAUAGUAUUUCAGCCUCCUGUGGUCCCUCUCAAUCAUUUCCUGUGUUAGUUUGUCCUGUCCAGCAUCUCUGUUAGUUUGUCCUCUGUGUGCACAACAUGACCCAGUUGUGCACACAGAGCAGGAGAUAUUCAAAAUUCCAUGGUGGAAGUUUGCAUGCUAAUCUCACGCUGUUUUCAGUACAUACACACACAGUAUCCAUGUGCAUGCACACAAUUAAUCAGCAGUUUAAUGUCAGCAUAGUUUGAUUUUCUACUCAGUAAUCCUAAUUAGUGACCUAAUUAAACAUCAGAUUUCAUGCACUUUUUCAGAAUAUGCUGUGUGUUUGAAUGGUCAGAUAAAAUAGAUUCAGAUGAAGCAGACUGAUUAGUGAAAUCAUCUUAACUUUAAAAAUGAACUCCUAAACCAAACCACCUCCUUAAUGUGAUAACUCAGCAGCGUAUUGUGUGCAUGUGAACGUAGCCAGUGGCUCUAAUCAACCCGAAUAUGUGCCUCUUGAGAUUCAGUGGUUACCAAGGUAUUUCUCUGUCAUGCCAUUAAUGCCAUUUUCUUUCUACAGCAUUGUAAUACUGUGCAAUGAUUUCCUUUUGUACUCACUUUCAGUUUUAUCAUGACAAUUACUUUUGAGGAGUUUCAUUCCAAAAUGACAUCAUUUUAAUUACUGGCAUGAAACAUCUAGAUAUGGAAGUUGUUAGAGGGUGACAUCCAUUUGAUUCAAAGUGGAUACAUUCCCUUUUGGUAUGAAACUCUUUAUUUGCCUUUGUAUGGGCCAAAAAUGUCUAAAUAAAUGUCUGUGAACUGAAAA